AUGGUGACAAAGUUCUACCAGCACACCCUGGCCUUGGCAUUCGCUGUAAAUGAGAUCAAUGAGAAUCCCACCUUUUUGCCCAAUGUCACGCUUGGCUUCCACAUCUUUGACAGCUACUAUGACACGACCAUGACUUAUCAUACUACUUUGGGCCUGCUCUCAAAAGUGCACGAGUUUCUCCCCAAUUUCAAAUGUGGCAUGGAGAAAAAACUCCUCGCUGUCAUUGGGGGGCUCGGCUCUGAUAUCUCGUCCCACAUGGCAGACAUCUUAAAUUUCUACAAGAUUCCACAGAUCACAUAUGGCUCAUUUGCCCCAGUGAAUAGUGAUAAAGCUCAGUCCCCAUCAUUUUAUCGCAUGGUCCCAAAUGAAACCCAUCAGAAUAUCGGGAUCAUCCAUUUACUGAAAUGGUUUGAAUGGUCAUGGAUUGGGAUCUUUGCUGUGGAUGAUGAGAGUGGAAAUAAUUUCUUGCAGACCCUGGUGCCCCUACUCUUUGAGAAUGGAAUCUGUUCAGCCUUCAUAGAAAGAAUUCCAAAACAACCCGUUUUCCCCAUGGAUUAUACUACUUGGAAUACAACUGAGAAAUAUUCUGUGCUGCUCAAAGAAGGGAAUGCCAGGGUGUUCAUUGUCUAUGGAGAAACAAUAGCUUUCAUGUGGUUAACAAUUGUGAUGAUAGAAUUUAAUCCUAGAUUUAAAGAACUUAAAACUGUUGGAAUGGUGUGGAUAACGACAGCCCAGAUUGAUUUCGCACUAACGAGCAUUCAGGAAGUAGUAGAUUUUGAGAUCUUUGAAGGUGCCAUUUCCUUGAAUAUCCAUUCAAAAGAACUUCAGAGGUUCCAGAAAUUUCUUCAAAAGGUACACCCUUACUGGACAGAAGGAGAUGGUUUUCUCAAGGCAUUCUGUGAGCAAGCAUUUCACUGCUCCAUUCCAAAUUUUGGGGAGACAUCAGAUGUUAAUGAAACAUGUACUGGGAAGGAAAUUUUGGAGAGCCUUCCUGGGCCAUUUUUUGACAUGCAUAUGACUGGCCACAGCUACAGUAUCUACAAUGCUGUCUAUGCUGUGGCCCAUGCCUUGCAGGCCACGGACCCCUCUGCAUCCAACAAUAAAGCUGUGGUGGGCAGAAGAAGUCUUAAAGUACACAAUAUUGAGCCUUGGCAGGUGCAGCCAAUUUCUUUGUGUAACGCUCACUGCCUCCCGGGUUAUCAGAAGGAGAAAAAGGAAGGGGAGAAAUUUUGUUGCUACAACUGUGUUCCAUGCCCAGAAGGGGAGAUCUCAACCCAGAAAGGCAUGGAUGACUGUUUCAAAUGCUCAGAGGAUCAUUAUCCAAGCAAGGAUCAAGAUCAAUGUAUUCCCAAAACUAAAAGCUUCCUAUCUUAUAAUGAACCUUUAGGGAUCAGUUUAGCCUUACUUGCUAUUUCUUUUUCCUUUCUAACAGUGUUAGUGCUCGGGACAUUUAUUAAGCACAAAGAUAGCCCCAUAGUUAAAGCCAACAAUCGAGACCUCACCUAUAUUCUUCUCAUCUCCCUCCUGCUCUGCUUCCUCUCUUCUUUGCUAUUCCUUGCACAGCCUGGGAAAGUGAUCUGCCUUCUCCGACAACCAACUUUUGGCCUCAUCUUCUCAGUGGCUGUUUCUUGUGUGUUGGCCAAAACCAUCACUGUGGUUGUAGCUUUCAUGGCCACCAAGCCAGGUUCCAGCAUGAGGAAGUGGGUGGGGAAAAGACUUGCCAACUCCAUUGUCCUUUUCUGCACUCUUAUUCAAGCAAGCAUUUGUAUGAUGUGGUUGGCUAUAUCCUCCCCUUUCCCUGAUUUGGAUAUGCACUCAGUGGCAAAAGAAAUAGUUGUGGGAUGUAAUGAAGGGUCUGUCAUCAUGUUUUACCUUGUCCUGAGCUACAUGGGACUUCUGGCCAUCAUCAGCUUCACUGUGGCUUUCCUUGCUAGGAAGUUGCCAGACACAUUUAAUGAAGCCAAAUUUAUCACCUUCAGUAUGGUGAUAUUUUGUAGUGUUUGGCUGUCUUUCGUUCCAACCUACCUGAGCACCAAGGGGAAAUACAUGGUAGCUGUGGAGAUCUUCUCUAUCUUAAGCUCUAGUGCUGGGUUGCUGGGCUGUAUCUUUUCCCCCAAAUGUUACAUUAUUGUGCUAACGCCAGAGAUGAACAAGAGGGAGCAGAUAAUUAAGAGAAAGAAUUAA